UGUUUUUGUUUUGUUUGGUUAGAAAGCUCUUCAAAGUACUUUGAGCCCCUAUUUUCACUCGAAAGUUAAGUUCUAGCGUUCAACUUUCAGUUAUACGCAGGUUUUCAGAUAAAUCCAACUGAUAGUAUUUUAUGAGUGAUAUUUUUAGUUUUUUUUGACUUGUGUUCUUAACUGAUUUUUUUCCUCGUCAUGUGCCAACUCCGUACAGCGAAUAUGUAACCUACUUUUUGUAUUUCAUUUGUUAACUGUUUUUUUGAAGCCGUUCCUGUCAACUGUCAAAGUGACUGAAAUGCCGGCCGUUGUGGUUGGGCAGCCACAGCGGAAUGAAGCCAUGUGGCCAGCCCUAAAAGCCCACAUAACCAGAGAACGUCAAAAGAAAAAACAAGAGCAAGAAGCCGAUGCAGAAGAGGAAAGACAGCGGAAAGCUCGAGAGAAGCAGGCAAUGAAAGAUGGAAUGACGUUGGCAGAAACACGUGAGGAAAUCACAUUACUCGAAAAUAAACUCGCCAGAUUAAAAGAUGAAAAACACCAGCUGUUUUUACAGCUCAAAAAAGUUCUGAAUGAAGAUGAUAAUCGGCGACGACAGAUUGUGAAAGAAACUAAUGCAAUGAUGGGUAUUCAAGGGUAUCCAGUCGCACAUCCUCCACCACUUUUCCUCCAACAAAAUAUAGCCCAAAACCAGCUGUACAAAGUACCAGCAUCUCAUUCCCUUCUGCAACCGAGUACCUUGAAACGACCAAGGAGUCCUUCGCCACCGCCAUCUGCAUACCGUCAAGGUUACUCUUUCAAGCCGGCACCCGGCGCUAAUUAUCAGAAAGUUACAGAGGACACUCGACACGGUCAAGAAUAUGUAAGAGCUGUAUUGUGGAACAAGGGAAGUGCCCAGCAGUAUGGUGGCUUUUAUGGUCCAACAACAACUAGCAGUGCAGUUUACACUUAUGGCGGAGCUCAAUUUGCUCAACCUCCUACUGAAGCAGCCAAGCCCGUGUAUAUUCCUCGAGCGCCAAUGAAUCAAAGUUAUAUUCCACAAACUCCUGGAAUUUUCCCAGAUGACAAAACCUAUUAUGCUGUCAGGCCGCCUAUCUCGGUGCAACAAGGAAUUUCUGUCCCACAAGCCGCAAAAUCAGGAGCAAUAAGUGGGUACCCUGUUAGACCUCCGAAUCCUCCUGCUUCAUCCUCUGCUCAUGGUGUCUAUGCAAGUCAAGCAGGACCUCCUAGUGGCCAUCUUGUUUACACUCAAGCAGGGCCCAUUCCGCAAGUUCAGUUUCAUGUUCCAAAACUUCAGUAGGCAGUCUACUUGAAGUUUAUGUUUCUCAUUUUUUGUGAAAAGACCAUGAUGCUAAAAACUUUCUGUCAAAUUCCUAACAUGAUCUACAAAUUCACGCUUCACUGCUCAAAAUGUGUCAGGCAUUUAGUGUAGAAUGGGCUCUGCAUUUUGAACCAUCUUCUUAUUUCAAUCCAUUGCAGUUCUUUCUUCAAAUAGAUCGCACGCUAUUAAUGACUUGAAAGUUUUGAACUAAUAAUCCAAGACAAAGCAGCUUACAAGACAUAACCUAAAGUGGGCCCUCAUGUUUUAUCUCUGACUUUUUAUUAUGGUUCAAUGAACAGUGAACACUUAAGCCACAAGAUAAAGCUGUGUAAAAUUAUGCCAACUUUGGUUAACUCUUAAUUUUUUCUUUUCUUCUUCUCUCUCUUCAGAAAUUCAUUUUGUAACUCCUCAAUAAUUCAUAAUUAUUGUAGAAUAUUGGGUGAAGCUUGAAUUUCUAAUUUCCUCCCUGGAUAAGAAGUGCUAUUUUAAUAAAUGACAGAAAUUGAAAAUGAUAGUGAAAAUUAGAACUUAUGAAUUUUUGUACAUUGCUUAUUCUUAAAAAGUUUGCAUAAUCUUGUAUAUACAUAUUAUCUGUUACCUACUGUAAGCAGGUAUGAUUAUUAAAAUGAAUUUUUUAUUAAUAUUAA